AGUAUGUCGCCAGGGGGAGAUCGUGAAGCUGUUGAGUUUGUGCUUCCAUUAUUGGAGAAAUUCUCGGCCAAGUCUGCUGUCGAUGGCAAGCCAUGCGUCCAGUAUAUGGGACCUCGCGGGGCUGGCCAUUAUGUCAAAAUGGUUCACAACGGGAUUGAGAAUGGCAUGCUUUCCGUUGUCUGUGAAGCUUGGAACUUCCUCAACAAGUCGCUUGGACUCUCGUACGAUGAAAUUGGAAAGAUCUUUGGUAGGUGGAACUCUGAGGCAGAGCUAAGGAAUACAUACCUAAUCCAGAUUGGCUCCGAGAUCUGUCAAAAGAAAAGGACCCCUGAAGGCGAUGAGCGUGGUGAAGGGAAAGGGGAGGGCGGUUAUGUAUUGGAUGAUGUCCUCGACAAAGUAGUGCAAGACGACGAUAACUCCGAGGGCACACUGUUCUGGACGGUUAAGGAUGCCGCAGAUCGACACAUAUCCGCGCCUACCAUCACAGCUGGUCAUUUCUUCCGCGUAGCCAGUGGGAAUCGAGCGCAGAGGUUGAAAGUAGUUGAUAAGCUACAAGUUCCGAAGCCGCGACGUGUGGAUUCUAUGGAUAAGGAAAGCCUCAUCGAGAGCUUGCGCAGGGCUGUCUAUGCAUCCUUUCUCUGCUCGUACUGCCAAGGCCUUGAACUUAUUGCGCGUGCCUCCAAGGAUGAACACUGGGAUGUCAAUUUGGGAAAGUGUAUCCAGAUCUGGAGGGCUGGGUGCAUCAUCCAAGAAGACCAUAUUGCAGACAUGCUCGAGCCCAUUCUACUAAACGCGAAGGAACCUAUCAUGAAUUUGAAGCUCAUCGACGAGGUCGCCUCCGAGCUGCGGGGCAACUUUGACGCGUUGAAGCUGAUCACGUUGAAAGCUAUCGAAUGGGACAACUAUGUCCCUGCCAUCAGCGCAAGUCUAGAAUACUUGAAAUAUGUCGGUGGUGGGAUGUUAGCAACUCAGUUCAUGGAGGCCGAAAUGGACUUCUUCGGUGCGCAUGCAUAUGACAGGCCGAAUGUGAGAGGGGAGGACCCUGGGAAGCCUUCGAAAGGGGCUCACCACUACGAGUGGAGACCUGCGGUCACUGUCUAGAUUACCUCGAAGCUUUACAUACCAGGUACAUAGGAGGGCGGUUGCUCACUACUAAGCAAGUGAGAAGUUCAAAUGCCAUUGUUUAUUGAAAA